UCAAAGCCUACCAUACCCGGGAGCAAGGGGGAGGAGAUAGAGGUGACAGCGAGCUGGUUAUGUAUCCGGCUUAAUGGCUACACUUUAUCCACAGCGGGACUGUAUCAUGCAUACACUAGGAUUUUUUUUCCUAGACUGUUUGCUGAAAUUAGUUCUACGACAACGGAUCCAGUGCGACAGGUCAUAAAAUAAUAUGCAGCUGAAGACUUCACAGUGAAUGUAUCGGGCAAGCAAUAAGGUCGGUUGAUAUGGCAUAACUGUUCAGAUAUCAGUAGGCUAGUGCGGCGGCCAAACGCGAGAAGAGCUGUGCCCUCGCAAUAUAAAUCAAAACACUCGAGAGAGCCAUCGACUUCAAAAGCAUUUUGCCGCUCAGAAAUACAAUUAUUGAAGCAACGAUCCGAAGGCAGCACGUCGGGGAGGGAGUCAUAUUCUGAUUCGGACCAAUACAGAAAGCACACGCCAGAAGCGGGGAGGACACACACAUCAAUUUGUCUUGCUUGACGCACGUUCUGAUUUCUUGCAGAUAUCCAGAACACGGAAUAAGGCAACAAAACACAAUAAUAAUGUGGAACAAUUCUCGACGUGUAGGCUACAACCAGGACCCAACACACUGAUUUCCCCUUGAUCCGACCGACCGGGCCGCAGAACGGGACGCCUCACCACCCGAAUGUAAAUUUAGCUUAUCCAUCCCUUUUCUUUUUUACUCUCCCUUUUAUUACCUCAACACCCAAGUCUUCUUCGUUCUCACCAUCCUGCUCCGAGACCCAGAAGCCACCAGGCCUCUGCUGGUUAUGAGCAGGGGGUUGGGAGGGAGGUGUGGGGAGUUAACAAACAUACCACCCACAGCUUUAUCGUAGCCUUCUCUUUCCUGAUGCAUCUAUUUUAUUAACAUUAACCGUAACCACUAGCAAGUCCAUUUUCAUUCCCCAAAUAUCCCCAAAACUAGCCUACUAAUAACAAAUACAGCAUUUUACUACAUACUGCAUUAGCAAAACACUAGCAUAACAUUACUACUAGCAUAACAUAACUAGGAUAACACUACUAGAAUUCUGUACUAGUGUUCUAUUGACAGUACUUACACGCUGCCACUCAUUCUAACGAUAUAGCUAUCAAUACCUUCAAACAUCUAGCAGCAAAUGAUAAUUGGAAACUGCUACCAUAGCUUUGAGAGUACCCUGCAUAGAUCAGUCAUUCAACCUUUCCCACUUGUCAAGUGGUUUGAGGGCAGUGGUGAGGUACCUGUUGAGACACACACACACACACACACACCCACACACUCAGGGACCAUGCUGAGCAUCCUGGCUGCUGGCUCCAUCUUCUUCCCGGGCCUGUUCCUGCUGUCUAAGAGAUGCCUGAAACACAACCCAGGCCUGGCCUUGAGCGAGGGAGAGGCCACCAUUGUGUCUGCCAGGCUGGUGUCAUCCAUCCAAGCCAUCAUGGCUUCCUCAGCUGGCUACAUCAUCGCAUCCUCCUGUGAGGACAUCGUCGAGGAUCAACACUGGCUUACCAGUACCUACAUCCUGUUUGCGGUGCCCUACUUUGUGUACGACAUCUACGCCAUGUUCCUGUGCUACUGGCACAAGCUGCAGGUUAAAGGGCAUGAGGAAGAGGGCGGCAGGCCAAAGCCAAUGGGCUCGGCAGUGGCCAGCUACCUGCGCAGAGAGUUCCUCAUGGUGCUGCACCACGUCGUCAUGGUGACCAUCUGCUUCCCCGUCUCCGUGUUCUGGAGGCAGGGAAAGGGGGAUUACUUCCAGGGUGUCAUGUUCAUGGCUGAACUCAGCACUCCGUCCGUCUGCCUGGGAAAAAUCCUCAUCCAGUUCAAGAAGCAGCACACUCUUCUUCAUAAAGUGAAUGGCGCUCUCAUGCUGGUCACUUUCUUCAUCUGUCGAGUUCUGCUCUUCCCCUACCUCUACUACGCCUACAGCAGGUAUGCCUCCAUCCCCCUCUACACAGUGCCCCUUGUGGCUCCCUGGCAGUGCAACGUGGGGGCCUUCUGCCUCAUGGCCCCACAGGUCUACUGGUUCACCCUCAUCUGCAGGGGCGCCUUCCGCCUCUUCACCGGGGCCUCGCGCUCCCGGCCCCCGGCCACCCUCAACAAGCCUGAUGGGGGCUGCUGCCCCGGCCAGGGAGCCCCUUUACCUCCCCCGGCCAACGGCUACAGUCCCGUCCCCCACCAGACAGACAGAGAGACCGACACACACUGAGAAAGAGGGAGGGAGAGAUGGAGAGGAAGAAGGAUCACUGUGGGGACGGGGACAGCCAGACCAGGCUGGGAAGACAGGUCUGUCAAGGGAAUCUAUUGUACUGUAUUGCAAUGACACUAUAACCUAGGAGAGAGAAGAGAGGGAGAGAGAAAUUGUUUCUCAUCCUCUCUCCCUCCCUCUAGUGCCCCUUCAGAGUUACAUGGACCUCUGGAAGAAGAGAGAGAGAGACUGAAAGAGGAGAGGGUAAAGAAAGAAAGAAAUGGAUAAGGGAGAGAGAUAGAAGCAUAGACAGGAGAAAGACUUGUGAAAUGGCAAGUAUUUAAAUAUUACGUGUCUGUACACACUGAUUUCAAACUGAAUGGGGGGAAAAUGAAUGAAUUGAAAGCAAAAGGAUGAUAGGGUGAGAGAACACAUUGAAGAUCAAUAGUGAUAGAGGGAUGCAGAGUUAAAAGGACAGAUAAAAAGUAUUCUUCUCUUGAAAGAGAAAUGCAACUGCUGUUCUAGAUUAGGGAAGGAUACAAAAUGAAUAUAUAACGUAUAGAAAUAUGUAGUAAAUGAUUAUUUGGUGACCAGUUGAUUUUGGUGACUGCAAAAAGGGGGAUGAAGACAAUACCAGUAUUUCAACUUGAGAUCCUUGUACUGUGUUAUUUGUAAUUCAUAAUGAUCCACUCUGGAUCGAUUGAGUGAGUCUUGUCUUGGGAAAGGACAGAGGAACACGCACCGGCGCCUCUGGUAUUGCUUCGUUCUGCCUUCUCUCCACUCUGAAAUUCUCUCCCUCUCUCACUUUUCUCCUGUUAGAAAACUAAUGUGGGAGGACAGGAAGGGGGUUUACCGCAAAAUGUGACAAGUUUAUAAUAGUAGAUGAGUAAAUGUCAUUUUAGGUUUUUCUCAUUCAAAGCAUUUAUUUAUUUAUUAAUGUUGAUAUUUUUUUAUGUAUUGUGACUUCUUAGUAUUGGUAGACAUUUUUAUUCCUCUUGUACUCACUCCCCACUUCAAUCAAAAGAGGAGAGAAAGAGAGAUGGAAUGUUGGAGAGAUUAAUAGAGGGAGAGAGGGGGGGGGGUAGUAGACUCAAAUGGGACAAUGAUGCAGCUGUGCUGUCCCAGUCACCCACCCAAGUUGAGUAAUGCUGGCAGGCAGUCUUCAGUACACGACUGGGUAGGUCUGUGCAGCUUACCAGAUCUUUACGAUGCCUGGAGAGCUGUUUAAUGUCUCAGAAACCCCAUCAACAUGGUAUAAUGAUCAGGAACACUGCCAUCGUCACCGUGGUUCUGUAAUGUUAGGGAAGGCUGUUGUGGAAUUAGGUCUCCUGCAGGCUAAACAGGGUAACCACAUUUUAGAAUCUACAGGCGCUCUACAGGCGCUCUACAGGCGCUCUACAGGCGCUCUACAGGCGCUCUACAGGCGCUCUACAGGCGCUCUACAGUCUGCUGAUGUAAGGGAUUCCUAGAUGACCUAAUGCAGGAUUAUGAAGGUUUUAGACAGAGUAAGUUGUUGCAGUGUGUUCAACCGUAUGGGGGGAAUUUGACAUAGAUUGCACUGGCAACUGUGGUACUCUUUAUUCAUUGAGGGAUUUGUGCGAUAGGGCCGAAGAAGAAACAUAUUGACAAUGCACUGAGAGAAGGGACUGAUGAGGUUGGAUUGGGUGGUUGUGGUGGGGAAGUAAUUUUCACAUUUUUCAACCACUAUUUAGUUGUAGUUUUUUGUGUGUUUGUUUUACUUGUGAUUUUAAUUAUGUUUUGGUGUCGUUUACUCAUGUUGACACAGUGUGCAAUGGCACUAAUGUAGCUAUCUACUGUAUCUAAGGUUGCGUCAUAAAUGCCAUUUGGGACGAAGCCUAAGUCAAGAGGGUUGAAAUGUGGUCCUUGAAACUCAAUCCCAAGGUGAGCGGACCUUGAACACUUGACCACUGCCUUGGGUUGUAACUUGGAGCCUUGGGUUGUGACUCUACUAGCCUGGUCUCAGAUCUCUCCCGGUUCAUAGAAGAAAAGUGAACACAGAGGGACUACUGUAUAAUAUGCUGGACUAUACUUACUGCAUCAGGCUGUUUUCUGCUGAAUAGCUGCAUGAUGGGAAUGAGAGAAUGGCUUUUUGACAAUUGGCCGAUAUUAACCUGGGAACACUGUAACACUUAACUUAGAGUUACUAUUUACAAUGGUCAGUUAUGGUACUAUUUAAAAUGGCUUAUUGAGGACUUGUUAAUCGCCGCACCCAGAACCAAAUCAGCUGCUCGAUUUUAACAUUUUGAAAUGUUUUGUUAUGAUAGAUAUUUAUUUUUUCAUUCUUGCUUUAUAACUGAUUUAAAGGCACUGAUUAAAGGUACAUUGAUUGGGAAAUUGUAUGAUCAACAUUAUUUUCCAUGCCAAAAAGUAGACCUAAGCGUCCGACAAGGGAUAUCAACUGUAGAGUUGAUCGUACAAAUCAAAUGUCAUUCCCAAAAAAUGAAUUAUGUUCACAAAUGUCAGUUCAAAUCCAAAUUGUAUUUGUCACAUGCGCCCAAUACAACAGGUGUAGAUCUUACAGUGAAAUGCUUACUUACAAGCCCUUAAAUAACAAUGCAGUUUUAAGAAUAAUACCUAAAGAAAAAUAAGAAAUAAAAGUAACAUCAUUAAAGAGCAGCAGUAAAAUAACAAUAGCGAGGCUAUAUACAGGGGGUACCUGUACAGUAUCAAUGUGCGGGGGCACCCUUUAGUCGAGGUAAUUGAGGUAAUAUAUACAUCUUGGUAGAUGUAAGAUUAAGGGGGUCUAUUCAAUCUGCAUCACGGAAGUUCAGCUUUUCAGCGUUAUUGAAAUUUAAAGGCAAUGUUCCCGCUUUAUCAGAGACUGCAUUGACGGUAAACGCUGCAUAUUUCGACUCAAUCGGAAAUUGCCUAUACAUUUCUAUAGCGGAAUCUGUAACGCUUCAGCUUUACAGAUUGAAUAGAGCCCUAUGAUUAUUUUUAUGCGUAUUCAACACCAGAGCAAUUUUUUUCUGUUCCUCAUCUGACAAAGAGGUCACUGAAACUGCCACAAAAUAUAAAUUUGCACUCGAUUACAAAGUUUAGUUCGAGAAGAUACUCUUUGAGUGAGUGAGAUAGGUGUUGGAGUUAAGACAAGUUGGUGAUGAUUUAAGCCAAAAAUGUGAUAUCUUCUUCUAGUGUUUACUUUUGCAACUGACCCCCUCUAGUCCAUUAUAAAUUAUGCCUUCAUGUUAAACCCAAUGAGCAAAAAAAUAUGUCUUUUGACCAAUUUUGCUCACUAGGUAGUGUUACCUCCCAAAAGAAAACAUUAUCCAUUUUACCAGUUCCUACAGUUCGGUAUGUCCUGUCAUGGAAAGUAUUACAAACAAAUCGACUGCAUCUUCCAUAUUGUUUGUUUGUUUUAUACAUUUAUUUUAAUGUGUCUCUGUUAUUUAUUGAAAUGGUUUGAAUGUACAUACGAAUACAUAUAUAAAUUAUAUAUUUCCUGUACAUAUGGGCUUGUGUUCUGUCUGUUGACUGCUGCCUGACUAACCGUGGGCUCUGUAUCUGAAAUGGCACCCUGUUCCCUACAUAGUGCACUACUUUUGACCAGGGUAUGGUUAAAGUAGUACACUACAGUAUAUAGGGAACACUGGGGUGCCGUUUCGGACGCAGACCUGUUCUGUUUGCUGACAUACUCUGCUCUCGUCUUCUGCUCUGACUACCAACAUGACAUCAUGAUUCUAACGUUCUAGCACCACUGCACUGCUUUUCAAAAUAAGCACCAAGAACUUUGAGUGAAGUUUUCCUUUACAUGCAACAGAUUGACCAAUAAAAUCCUCCCCAUUGUUUGUGCAUAAAGAAGA